GCUGUGCCAAAUGAGAAUAAACCACGAAGCCUACACAGCCUAAACGUCUAAGGAAAUGGCGGUUACAACGGCAGCUUGUUGAAGAAGAACAAGAAGAAGAAGAAGAGAACUGUCAGCAAAAUCCCAUAAAAUUAAAAGCCAUCAAACGAACAAGUGCUGGAGACAUGGCCAUGGCCUUCCUGCUCCUCUAAUCUCAUUCUCAUCUCCUGUAAUCUGUAAGGUUGUAACCCAUCGAAUAAUGUCCGUUCCCCGAUCCCCCCUGGAUUCCUGGGACUGUAUGCUCCCAGGUCCACCAAGCCGAAACAAUGGCGGAUCUGCAGAUUGCAGCACCAGCGGCCUCCUGGCCUACGGUGCCGGCAGCUGUGUCACCGUCGUCGACGCUCGAUCCAUGCAGCUCCUCUGCGUCCUUCCAAUGCCCGCACCCUCUACUUCUCCCAUCGCUCUCGCCCCCUUCGUGACCUCUGUCCGUUGGGCCCCUCAACCCCUCCGCCGCGACGUCCUCACCCAAGAACCCUCUAAUUCCCACCUCUUCCUCGCCGUCGGAGACCGCCAGGGCCGCAUCGCUCUCUGGGACUUCCGCCUCCGCCUCGUCCUCCUUUGGAUGGAGUUCGAUCCUUCCUCUGAUAAAUCCAAGCUCGGCGUUCAGGAUCUCUGCUGGGUACGUGCCCGUGUCGAUUCUUGGCUCCUAGCCUCCAUCAGUGGUCCCUCUCUCCUUUCCCUCUGGAACACCUCCACCGGUCGCUGCAUCUGGAAAUACGACGCUUCCCUCGAAUUCCUGUCUUGCAUUCGCUGUGAUCCCUUCGAUUCUAGGCAUUUCUGCGCCUUGGGGCUCAAGGGGUUCUUGUUGUCCAUUAUGGUCAUUGGGGAAGGUGACGACGAUGUUGUUAUCAAGGUGCAUCGGAUCCCAACUGCUAGCGAUUCUAGUGAGUUGCAGAAAUUUGAGAGAGACGCGGCUUCUGGUUCGAAUGCACCUGCACUUGCGGUAUUCCCUCUAUUUGUUGCGAGGUUCAGCUUCUCACCACAGUGGAGGUACAUUCUUUUUGUUACAUUCCCCAAAGAGUUGUUAGUGUUCGAUUUGCAAUACGAGACCUCGCUCUCUUCUGCUGGGCCGCCCCGGGGCUGCAGCAAGUUUCUGGAUGUGUUGCCCGAUCCGGACAAUGACGUGCUCUACUGUGCCCAUCUUGAUGGAAAGCUCAGCACGUGGAAGCGGAAAGAUGGAGAACAGGUUCACAUGAUGUGUUCAAAGGAAGAAUUAUUACCCUCAAUUGGAACAACUGUUCCGUCUCCUUCUGUUCUUGCUGUUGUCCCCUCUCAAUCUGAAGCUACCCUCCAAAAUGUUGGCAAGCUUUAUUCUGAUCCACAUGAUGCUUCUUCACUUGCUCUGGAUUCUGAUGCUCCAUUUGAUUGGCAUAAACAUUGUUUUGUUUCUAAGACAUAUUUGAUCUCCAUUACUGAUGAUGGGAAAAUAUGGAACUGGCUGCUUACUGCUGAAGGGGCUAUAGAUGCUCUGAAUGACAUAAAGAAUUCAAGCAUUUUUGCUGAUUUAAGUGACGUCACAGUUCCAGAAAGAUGCACUAGCUCAGUUGAUACUUCCACCCGUGGAUAUGAAUUUAAUGCAGUAAAAGAAUCAGAGCUUGUCAAUAGAAGUUUUGGUCCCAAAUCAAAAUCGGUCCAUACCAAUGCAGAUUUGUCAUUUAAGAUCAACUUAGUUGGCCAGCUUCAUCUUCUUUCUUCGACAGUAACGACGCUAGCGGUGCCGUCACCUUCAUUAAUGGCUACUUUGGCCCGUGGGGGGAACCAUCCUGCUCCAGCUGUUCCUCUGGUUGCUUUAGGAACUCAAAAUGGAACACUUGACGUCAUUGAUGUUUCUGCCAAUGCUGUAGCCGCUAGCUUUUCUGUACAUAGUAGCAUUGUUAGGGGAUUAAGAUGGCUUGGAAACUCUCGGCUGGUUUCAUUCUCAUAUACUCAGGUGAAUGAAAAAGCUGGAGGGUAUACUAAUAAACUUGUUGUCACCUGUCUUAGAAGUGGUCUUAAUCGAACUUUUCGAGUCCUACAAAAGCCAGAACGUGCUCCAAUAAGAGCUUUAAGGGCUUCUUCGUCUGGAAGGUAUCUUCUAAUUUUGUUUCGUGAUGCACCUGUGGAGGUGUGGGCUAUGACAAAGAAUCCAAUAAUGCUUAGAUCAUUAGCUCUUCCAUUCACAGUAUUGGAGUGGACGCUUCCAACGGCACCACGACCGGUUCAAAAUGGCCCUUCUAGGCAAUUUUCAUUUUCCUCCAAAGACCGUAACGCAGGGGCCUCUAUUUCUGAUUCCCUUACACCUGCAUCUAAUUCAGAUACUAAGACAACAAGCUUAGAAGGUUCUACAGAGGACACCUCAGAAAGUUUUGCAUUCGCACUAGUCAAUGGUGCUCUUGGAGUUUUUGAAGUUCAUGGGCGAAGGAUCAGGGACUUCAGACCAAAGUGGCCUUCUUCUUCAUUUGUUUCAUCAGAUGGAUUAGUUACUGCAAUGGCUUACCGCCUUCCCCAUGUAGUUAUGGGGGACAGGUCAGGGAACAUACGAUGGUGGGAUGUAACAAGUGGGCUUUCAUCUUCAUUUAACACUCAUAGAGAAGGGAUCCGAAGAAUCAAAUUCUCUCCUGUUGUUGCUGGAGACCAUAGUAGAGGGCGUGUUGCUGUGUUAUUUUAUGACAACACAUUUGCUAUAUAUGAUCUUGAUACACAAGAUCCACUGGCCAAUUCCCUUUUACAACCUCAGUUUUCUGGAACUCUUGUUUUGGAACUUGACUGGUUGCCUAUGCGGACAGAUAAAAAUGAACCACUGGUUUUGUGCAUUGCUGGAGCAGAUAGUAGUUUUCGGCUUAUUGAGGUUACUAUUAAUGACAGAAAAUCAGGCUUAAAGUCUCAGCCAAGGACUAUUAAAGAGAGAUUCAGGCCAAUGCCCAUAUGCUCUCCCAUUUUACUUCCUACGCCACAUGCCUUGGCACUACGAAUGAUCUUGCAGUUGGGCAUAAAGUCCUCUUGGUUUGAUAUUUGCAGUGAAACUAAAGAUGCAAUGCCUUAUCAAAUUCCUGUAGUUACCUCAUCUGCAGCAUAUCUUCAGAGUUGUAUGAUUGAUACAGAUCUUCCACCUGUAGGCGACUCUGUGGUCCCAGAAUUGCUUCUCAAGGUGUUAGAACCAUAUAGAAGAGAAGGCUGCAUACUUGAUGAAGAGAGGGCCAGGCUAUACGCUGCUGUAGUAAAUAAAGGUGCAGCUGCUCGAUUUUCCUUUGCUGCUGCAGUCUUUGGUGAAUCAUUUGAGGCACUUUUCUGGUUACAGUUACCUCGUGCUCUUUCCCAUUUGAUGAAGAGAUUAGCAAAGAAACCUCAUCAGAAAGUUUCUGUAUCAGCAUCAGCUUCAGUUUCAGACUUGGGAGACACACCUAUGUUAGAUAGGAUAACAUCAACAGGAAAAUCAAUGCCAGGGAGUGAGAAGAGGGAUAAUAUUAGUUAUGGUCGACUUAAGUUGAUGGCCUUUGAGCAAGAAGAGUUAUGGACAAGUGCUAAUGAGCGUAUUCCAUGGCAUGAGAAAUUGGAAGGAGAAGAGGCCAUCCAGAACCGUGUUCACGAGCUUGUCUCAGUUGGGAACCUUGAAGCUGCAGUUUCUUUGCUACUUUCUACCCCUCCUGAGGGUUCUUAUUUCUAUGUCAAUGCUCUACGCGCAGUCGCUCUUUCCUCUGCCGUGUCACAAUCUCUUCAUGAACUUGCUGUUAAGGUUGUUGCAGCCAAUAUGGUGAGGACUGAUAAGUCAUUGUCUGGAACACAUCUUCUCUGUGCUGUUGGAAGGUACCAGGAAGCUUGUUCUCAGCUACAAGAUGCUGGAUGCUGGACAGAUGCGGCAACUUUAGCUGCAACACAUUUACAAGGAUCCGAUUAUGCAAGGGUGUUGCAGAGGUGGGCUGAUUAUGUCCUCCGCACUGAGCACAACAUCUGGAGGGCUCUGUUAUUGUAUGUUGCAGCUGGUGCAAUGCAAGAAGCAUUAGCUGCACUUCGUGAUGCACAGCAGCCAGACACAGCUGCCAUGUUUCUUCUUGCUUGCCAUGAGAUCAGUGUUGAGAUAGCCUCUCAAUUGGAAAAUUCAGAUGAGCCAUCAAAACCCUCUACUGAGGAUAGGAAAUCCUUCAUCUUGCCUCACCUGAAUCCAGAGCAUGAGGACGUGCUUGCUGUCAGUGAAUAUUAUGGACAAUAUCAAAGGAAAUUAGUACAUCUUUGCAUGGAUUCAUCACCAACUUUUGACUGACAAACUUAAAUGAGAUGAAAUCCAUCAACUGAUUCUGCUAGCAUCAUUACAGCUACAGAAUUCAUGAGCAGUGGAACAAGGCCAAUUUCUUGCCGAGCUCUUAAACCGGAUGUGUCAUGAAGCAGGUUGCUUCCUAAACCAAGGGUGAAACUGGCAAGCAGAAGUGCUUCAUUGGGAAAAAAGAGUCCAAUCACCUUCAACUAAAAUCAACAAGUGCUGUAGCGUGGGAUUGCUGCAGCAAUAUGCAAAUGCAUUCAUGUUACUGGUUCAGUGGUCCAUUUAUUGAACAAAUCCUGAUUGAGAUUGAAUGUGUUGUGAAUAUUUCAACUCGGCUGCACAGGAUUUCUGAUAAUUUGUUGGUGAUAGGGUACGGUGUACCCCUAAUAGCUUUAAAGUGUUUUAAAGAGCUUUUGAGAGAGAUUAAGU